AUGACCUGGGGGAACCAGCACAGCACUUCCAAAUGCUCCGUCCUGCACCGCAAUGCAAUAAGAUGCGUGACAGAGCGGUGCCUUGACCUGCUGUACUGUCUUCGAGACCUGGCGCUACAGUACGCAUCGCCAGACGGCGUGGCGUACGUGGCCGGGCAGACGCAGCUGCCUCCUCCAGACGGGCAAGAACAGGACCAGUUAUCCGAGCCUUGCGAGGAGAGAGGAUAUUCCUCGAGGAGCCCGUGGCUCGAGGACCUCCGGCUCGAUCGGCAGUGGCAAGACGAGCAGACUUACGCUCUUUGCAACACGUGGUUUGCGAGUAUCGACCGGCAUCAGGAGGCGCGAGCCAGCUUGUCGGCCUGCAAGCGUGGAGAGGCCCUGGCGGCUGCUCUGGACGUGGCCCUGGACGACGCGCUGCACAGGACUACCGACGCGUACCUUCUUGCUCCAUUCGACGAUUCCUUCGCUGGCAAGUUGGCGGCCGUCCUGCAGCAUCUCAGCCAUGGAUGCUGCUGCGUGGGAAAUAGGGGGGGGAGCGCCGAGUCCAAAGCAUUACGCAGUAGCCCCGAGGGGGCCGUCCUGGCCACCCGGCACUUCAUUGAGGCCUCGCAUCUGCAGCAGCUGCAGAGAGAAAUAGAGUCGCUUGCACAGUACCUGCUGCGAAUGCUAGCAGAGGCCAAGGCCCGGAGGGAGGCCCAAAUGCUGAAGCAAAGUCGAUGGGUCAAUCGACAAUGUACAGGCGGCAGAGCGGGCCUCAUGAAGAGCUCUGGGCUGGGCAGCCCUCUCAGAGAAGUGUGUGACUCGGAUCAUGAUUGGCGGCGGCACAGGGCCGGCGUGCCGAGUCGCGUAGUCCUGGUUGCUCGGUCUGAGCAACAGGUGGGACAGCAAGUCAACUCCCAAGGUUCCUGUGCCGAACAGCAAGAGACCCCCGAAAAGACUUGGGGGCAAAACACGACUUGCUGGUAG